AUGCGCAAGCUCGUUGACCAGGAAGACGCGGGUAGGCGGAGUCGAGAACCGGAAGUGCCCGGGCGCACCGGAAACCUUCCCCAGAAGCCCGCCAGCCGGAACAGCCCUGAGGCCCCGCCCCUCGACGGAACGCUGGGUUGCUGGGCAACCGGCGCGGGCGCCGCGGGAGGGUUCGGUGGUGCCCAGAACCGUCCCUGUGUAGCUCCUACAUCCUGCCCUGGCAACCUCCCGGCCCGCCCGCCUCCCUUCUUGCCGCCCCUCCUCGCGUCACGGAAUCCCUGCCCUUGGCACUACGUGCACCUCUCCGGCUCCCACGACACUCUAGUGCCCACCUGCUUCGAAGCCAAGCUUCACCGAAAGGGAAGCGGGCCGACCCCGGGCGCGACCUCCACGUUGGCUGAGCGCGCCUCCCCGGCCAUGACCACCUACACCUACACCAGCCGGCCCCGGGCCUUGCCCUCCCAGCGCCGCCGUUACCGGGACGACCUGAUGCAGCAAGCUGAAGAACCUGUGCAUUACGGAAACAUAAUGUAUGACAGAAGGGUAAUCCGAGGCAACACUUACGCUCUGCAGUCGGUACCACUGCCUGGGCAGCCUGAUCCUAUAGAGAUUCAGAGACAGCAACAGGCUAGGAGGAGGGCUUUUGCCAGAAAACGAGCCCAAGAACAGCUCAGACCACAUACGCCUGAACCCGUGGAAGGCAGAAAACAUGUGGAUGUGCAGACAGAAUUAUACCUUGAAGAAAUUGCUGACCGCAUAAUAGAAGUUGAUAUGGAGUGCCAAACAGAUGCGUUUUUGGACAGACCACCAACACCACUCUUUAUUCCUGCCAAAACUGGCAAAGAUGUGGCCACUGAAAUUCUAGAAGGAGAGCUGUUUGACUUUGAUCUUGAAGUUAAACCAAUGUUAGAAGUUUUGGUGGGGAAGACCAUCGAGCAGUCUCUUCUGGAAGUGAUGGAAGAAGAGGAGCUGGCAAACCUGCGGGCCAGUCAGUACGCAUAUGAAGAGCUCCGCAACGUCGAGCUUGCUGAAGUCCAGCGACUUGAAGAGCAGGAGAGACGACACCGAGAGGAAAAAGAACGUCGGAAGCAGCAGCAAUGGCAGGUGGUUCACAAGCAUAAUGAGACCUCCCAGAAGAUCGCGGCUCGAGCGUUUGCACAGCGUUACCUGGCCGACCUCCUCCCGUCAGUUUUUGACAGCCUUCGGGAUGGUGGCUACUUCUAUGAUCCCAUUGAAAGAGAUAUUGAGAUAGGAUUCCUCCCGUGGCUAAUGAAUGAAGUUGACAAAAGCAUGGAGUACAGCAUGGUGGGAAGAACAGUGCUUGACAUGUUGAUUCGUGAGGUGGUUGAGAGGAGACUGAAUCUCUAUGAGCAGAAGGAGGGCAGGCACGCCCCUGUGAGGCCUGAUGGUAUUGAAGAAAGGUGCUCAGAGGGCACGUGCCAGCCUCAAUUAAUAGCUACCCAUCCCACGCUGGAUGUGGCUCUUCCU